AUGAAGGAGGAUCUCCUUUCUCAAAGCGCGGAGCCUUCUUUUAUUUCACUAAGUUCUCCGAAAUUUCGUGAAGUAUUUGAGAGCCCAUUGUCUACUAAGCGAGAAAAGGUUUGUUCUUUUACAACUUUUUGAUUCUGAAAAAAAGGAAAAAAUCUAUUCAAACUCACUUUUGUAGAUGCGGACGCCAAUGCAACGCCGCACCGCCCCAAGAGUAGUGAAGACAGUUCCUCCGAUGCGAAGUGUUUAUGGGCGAUCGCAGGAGUUCCGACCCAUGGAAAUCACUCUCACUGGUAAUUUGAAAAUAAUUUUUCUUCCAUUGGAAAAAAAAAUAUAUAUUUACUUAGUUUUUUUCUUUCAGGAACGAAGAGUUUGUCCAGCCCACACUACAAUCCUAUGAUUCGGAAAACUUACUUCCAGCAGAAUUUUGAGAUUAUCAGAAAGAUCGGAGAAGGCUCUUUUGGCGAUGUAAGUUUUUUUUUUCAUUCAAAAAAUCGAGUUAUAGUUUUUACUGGAAGUCAUUUUUCAGGUGUUUUGCGUGAGGUCUUUAGAGGACCAUCGGAAUUAUGCUGUGAAGGUAUCAAUCGAAGUAUUUCGAAACACGACAGACCGAGCGAAAAAGCUGCGGGAAGUCGAGAACCACAUGCGGCUGCCCAAGCACACCAACAUCGUCGAGUUUGUCAAAUCUUGGGAAGAAAAGUUGGUGAUUCGAAAAAAAGUUUCGAUUUUGAGACUUUAUUUUUAAAAGUUCGAUAUUAUAAAAUUUCUUACUUUUGCAGAGGGCGGCUCUACAUCCAAACGGAGCUGUGUGAACGCAGUCUUCUCAGCUAUUGUAUGCAGAAUCACAAGAUUUCCGAUAAAACAAUUUGGAAGAUUUUCGUUGAUUUAUUAUUGGUAGACUUCGUUCUUUAAAUUUUGAAUGCAAAUCUCUUUUCAGGCAGUGGAUUUUCUGCAUUCAAACGACCUGAUUCAUGACGAUAUCAAGCCGGAUAAUAUUUUUCUCACCAAGAACUUUGUCUGCAAAUUGGGCGACUUCGGUCUCGUAAUUAACCUGCAAAAGGUGCGAUAUUUCCUCGAGGCUAGAUUGCUAUAGGGAUCAUUGCAGGACGAACUGAAGAACGCAGAAGAGGGCGACAGCAAGUAUUUAGCACCAGAAGUGCUAAACGGACGGCCCAGCAAGGCCAGCGAUAUCUUCAGUCUCGGAGUCACCAUGCUUGAGGUCUUUUCGGCUCACCUUUCAUCUCCAAUUUUGGACUUCAGGCAGCAACGGACAUGGAUCUUCCGUCGUGUGGCGACAGCUGGCAUCAGAUUCGCAACGGACAGAUUCCUGAGCGUUUCUUCGAAGGUUUGCCCCUAUCGAAAAUUGACUCGAAAAAUUAAUGUUUUCUUCGGCUCGAAAUUUUUUUUAUCGAAAAAGUUUGUACCCUGUUCUCUGUGCAGUGUUUUUCUUGGCCGAUUUUCGUUCAAAAAGCCUCGGCUUAGACUGAACUUGGUUUUUGAGGAAUCGACAAGGACAUCCGCUACCUGAUUGAGUGGAUGCUGCGCGGAGAGCCGUCGGCGCGUCCGACCACAAAAGAUCUUUCUGGAGAACAAGGUGGUGCAGCAGCACGUCGCCGCCAGGAACGUCACUCUCCUUUCUCUCUCCGACGUGAGUUUCUCAGACUCGUCUUGUCAGUGUGACUUUUGUGCCGUUUUGCAGUCGAGUUACACGAAAUCUGCUGCCGCGUGGCUUUUAGCCUUUCUUUCCAUGCUAGCUAUGCCUUUUGUAAGGUUCUAUGAGAAUCUCAAGAGUAGACGCGAUGCCAUUUACGGAUCCCCCGACUUCGCUGUACGUUUCCCCUUCUUUGUUGUUUGAGUAGUCUGUCACGGCAUUUUUGGGGCGGCUGGAGCUGAGUCGGCGCCAAAUCUAUCUUCAACUUUGAACUGUUUUCAAGGAAAGGAAUUUUCGUUUUUGGUUAUAUAACGAUCUGCUCGUGUGAUCUUUGAAAUUUAAGUUUCGUCCAUUUUUUUGAAUUGAUGAGUUUCGAAAAAUAUUCUCACUUUUCAAAAGUCAUUGAGGAUUGUUAAUUUCGAAAGUUUUACUCGAGGUUUCCAAACGCCUUUAAGAUGAAUAUUUUUUUCAAGAUUUACUUUAGGGUAUUAAUUCGAUUUCACAGGAUCUCGAGUUCGUAUCUGAUUUGACGUUUGACGCACGGUUUCCAAAAUUCAGAAUAAAAGCUCGAGACUAGUCUUACAUUAAAGUUGUUUUUCAAAUUCACAAUUUUCUCACUAACUUCUCAAAUGUUUAUUCCAUUCUCUCAUCCUGCUCAAAACAUUCCAUGCUUGUGCAAGUCUGCUACCGUACAGUGAAAAGAAAAAUUCUUUUUCGCAUGAUUAACGUAUUUUUUCUUCUCGGACGGCCUUGCCGCCCCAGACUUUCUUGACAAUUUCUGCACUUUUUUCCAUUUUCAGCUUUUUAUCAGUCUUACUUUGAGGUUUUUCAGCGCCUCGACCACACUCCGAUCCAUACUCCAGACUCGGCCAAAGAUUCUUCUCGUCCGACUUCUCGCAUGUCCUAUGACUACAGCGAUGACGGUGAUUUUUUGUUUUUUGUUUAGAUUUUUUCCAUUUUUCGCGUACCUCACAUAGAAUUUUUGAUUUUAUCGUGUCUCAACAGGUUUUUUAAUGACACCACGUGCUGUAGAUCUUAUCCUCUGUUUUCCAAACAAGUUGUUGUCGGUUUUGUUUGUACACCUCAAAUUCUCUAGAAGCUUUUAAAAUGUUCAAAAAUGUUUUUCAGAGCAUUACUCGGUCAAUGAGCAUCAGGACGAUCACUCGCAGAGAAGACUCUUUGAGGAGCCCAAGAGCCUUCUUCCAGGGUAAUCUGAGCCUCUCUUAGUCUUAAUGAUUUCUUUCUUUUUGAGGUACCUCAUCGCAGAUGACGGAAUCAGCUCAUACCUGGAGUCGAAUGAAGAGCACAGUCCUCCGAGAAGGAUUCACGACGCGUAAGUUUUUUUUGAUUUUCAAGAUAAACGGGAAAGAAAAAGAAAUAUUUUUAGACAAGGAGACGUCAGAAUCGACUUCGACGAGAACGACGCUCUACUGAAGAUGCGCUUGCGGCAAGAAAAGCUGCGACGAAUCGAAUUUAGGGAACGCGAGGCCGAAUCCGACGACAACGACAACAUCGUCGCUUACAAGUGAGCUCUUGCAAAACGAAAGUCGUUAUGAUUUUGCUUAUUUUAGCUCUAGUUUAUUUUUCUAAAAAGUAGGUUCAACCGCAACCGUUUAAUAGGUAAAGCAUUGGCUUCGAAAAAUACCCUUUCCUAAAGUGUUUUCUAUUGAUAUAUUAAAAUUUGGACGGAUUUCAUGUUCCUCAUAAUUCAGGUGUCCGUUGCUUUUUACAGCUUCUCCCUACUCCUUUUUUUUGCAGAGCGAUGUCGUGUCCUCCAGUUCGGAAGGUGCGUCCUCUCAUCAGAAUGCCGCCGCCCGUUCUCGACUUCACAAUGCUUGACUCGAAAAACGACGUGAGUUUCACCCUUGGAAAUCCUGAAACUAGUCGGCGUUUGCAGGCUCCGGACUCAACUACUAACAAUAACAUCACGCGGAGAAGCAGCCGAUCGCGCAGAAUGGUUUGCGACGCCGGCAGCUCCGCCGAUGAAGCCUAA